UUUCAACAUCAUAUUUACAUACACGUGUUUUGAAGCCGUCUUUCAUCGACACACAUUCAGUUGGUUUUAAAUUUUAAAUUUUCAAAAAAAAAGAAAAAAUAAAUUUUAUCGAAAUGGGAAAAGUGAAGAAAGAAAAGCAAUCAGCCGAUGAAACCCAAGAAAUUGGCGAUGUAUCGAUUAAAGAAGAAGAUACAUAUGAAGAUAAGCUCAAGAAUUGUUCGGUGAUUGCCAAACCAAUGGCACCAAAGAAAUUAACCAAAAAGUGCUUGAAAUUGAUCAAAAAAGCAUCGAAGCAAAAGUCAUUUUUGAGAAAUGGUUUGAAAGACGUACAAAGCCGCUUGAAGAAAGGUGAAACUGGUAUCGUUCUAUUCGCCGGUGAUGUAUCGCCAAUUGAGAUAAUGUGCCAUUUGCCGGCCGUGUGUGAGGAGAAAAGCGUUCCAUAUGCCUAUGUACCGAGCCGUCACGAAUUGGGCGCCGCAAUGGGUGUUAAACGGGGUACCGUCACAGUUUUAGUUCGUGAACAUCCCGAAUACAAAGAUUUAUACGAUGAAUUGAAGAAAGAAAUCGGCGUAUUGCCAGUUCCAUGGUGAUUACUUCAAUUAGAUUUUAAAUGUGUUUAGACUUUAAGGAUACCAAUUUAAUACAAAAACAAACACAAAUUUCAA